AUGCAUAUCCUCCAGUCUUUACUGUCAGCCGCAAUCCUGAUCGCAGGCAUCAACGCUGCUCCCUGCGAGAAUCCGCCAUUCGUAGUGGCAGGUUGGGAAGGCCCAGGGACAUACCGAAUUACGAAUGUUCAGGGUCGCACCAGUGUUGAUUUGUUUCAAGGACAAACUAACAUCGUUGGCUGGCAAACGGACCCUAACACCAACAACCAGAAGUGGAUAAUUACCUCUAUUAAUUCUGGGGCUAAUACAUGGGCCAUCCUAAACAACGGUACCCGUGGUGCUAUAACUUCGAAUGGAUGGAAUAAACAAACUACAGCUCAGCCACUUGACACAAACAAUCUUUCUCAGCAGUGGACAAUCGAAGAGCUAGGAACCGGCGGUGCUGUAAUCUUUCAUAGCGCUGCUAGCCCAAACGACGUCCUUGACCUGAGUUACGGUAACCCAAACAACAACACGCCAAUCGUUACCUACUCAAGGAGCGGGAGAGAGAAUCAGCAGUGGGUGCUUGAACUUUUGAGCCGUGAUACCGUCAGUGACAACUUGCCUCCACGGACCAAGAAUGACCAGAUCUCUCUCACGAUAAACGACACGGUCAACUUUGGCGAGUUGCAGGGCCUCGCUCGGGCCGCUGACGCUCCACCGCAGGAUGACAACGAAGAGAGGAACACGGGUGGGGCCGGCAUCCCACCAAACCUGGGACCCCCUCGUGACAAUCCGGGUCUGGAAGCACGAAUGAGAGCCGAGGGCCUCAUGAUGACCGAGGAAGCCGAACCAAGAACAUCCAGGCCUGAGGAACUCCGAAGAGAACAGGAUGGCCACCCGGAUGCGACGGCCUUCCGUCUCCGUCUUCAGGAUGGUCUAACAGUCAGUCGUCGACGAAAUGAAAGAGGCAAUUGGAUGGCCUCCAUCUACAUGGACUCGAGGGUAUGCCGUAAUUGA